AUGGCGGCGGUAGAGGACACUCCUGUUAGUCGACGCUUGCGGAGCGUCAAGCACAUCAUCAUCGUCUGCUCCGGCAAGGGAGGCGUCGGCAAAUCCUCCGUCUCUACCCAGCUUGCACUCUCCCUGCGGGCCUCCUCGCCCACCGCACGCGUCGGCGUGCUCGAUGUCGACCUGACGGGCCCAUCGAUCCCCCGGAUGCUCGGUCUGGACGGCCACGCCGUACACCAGAGCAGCGACGGGUGGGUGCCCGUGUACGCGGACGGGAGCGAGGCCCGCCUCGCAUGCAUGAGCGUCGGCUUCCUGCUCAAGCGGCGCGAAGAAUCGAUCGUGUGGCGGGGGCCCAAGAAGAACGGGAUGAUCCGCCAGUUCCUGAGCGACGUGCGGUGGGGCGAGCUCGACUAUCUGGUCAUCGACACGCCGCCCGGAACUUCUGACGAGCACCUCUCGCUUGUGGAGCAUAUGGCCCCGGUGCACUCGCGCAUAUCGGCCGUGCUCGUCACGACGCCGCAGGCCGUCGCGCUGCUGGACGCCAUGAAGUGCCUCUCGUUUACGCGGGCGACCUCCAUCCCCGUGCUCGGCCUCAUAGAAAACAUGAGCGGAUACGUGUGUCCGUGCUGCGGCGAUAUCAGCAACGUCUUUUCCACGGGCGGCGGAGAGGAGAUGGCUAAGCGGGAGGGCCUGCGCUUUCUGGGCAGUCUGCCCGUUGACACGGAGCUCGUUUCUCUACUUGACGCCGCUGAUCCGGCGGAUGCUCAGUCGACCCAGGUGCUCGAGGAUGGCGGGAGCGUCCGGUCUUUCCGGCUGCUUGAACAGUACCAGAAGACGCCGACCGCACCGCUGUUUAAAAACAUCGUGGACCAGGUGGUCCAUGCGCUCACAGCCGGAGAGGGACGGACGGAGGCGAGUUGA